AUACACGAUUCGAUACGAUACGAUACCCGAAUCCAAACGUAGCACACCACACUCUCUUCCUACACUCGCUUCAUCUUCAUCUUCAUCUUCAUCGCCGCCUCCACAAAGAUCCGAGAUGACGCUGCUACCGGAUCUCGCCACUCAGAUUAUCAUCCCAGCCUGCGCCAUUGUCGGGAUAGCUUUUGCGCUCGUGCAGUGGCUGCUCGUAUCCAAGGUGAAGAUUUCGGCGCACCAGCCUGACGCCAAAGGCGUAGGAGUCACCGAAGCAUUGAUCGAGGAAGGGGAAGCCCUCGCCGAUCAUUCCGUUGUUGGCAAGUGCGCCGACAUCCAAUCCGCCAUCUCUGAAGGUGCAACAUCAUUUCUUUAUACCGAGUACCAGUAUGUUGGUGUGUUCAUGGUUUCUUUUGCCAUAUUAAUCUUCCUCUUCCUCGGCUCCGUGGAGGGGUUCAGCACCAAGAGCCAACCAUGUGUGUACGACAAGAGUAGAUUGUGCAAGCCUGCUCUUGCCACAGCUGUUUUUAGCACCAUAUCCUUCCUUCUCGGCGCUGUCACAUCUGUGAUCUCUGGCUUUCUUGGAAUGAAAAUUGCGACAUAUGCUAAUGCCCGAACUACUUUAGAGGCUAGGAAAGGCGUUGGGAAGGCUUUCAUUGUUGCAUUUCGGUCUGGUGCAGUUAUGGGUUUCCUCCUAGCAGCGAACGGUCUUCUGGUUUUAUACAUUGCCAUAAACCUCUUCAAGCUAUAUUAUGGCGAAGAUUGGGAAGGCCUAUUCGAGUCCAUCACUGGCUAUGGCCUCGGUGGAUCUUCAAUGGCACUUUUUGGCCGAGUUGGUGGAGGUAUCUACACUAAAGCAGCUGAUGUAGGAGCUGAUCUUGUCGGCAAGGUGGAAAGGAACAUCCCCGAGGAUGAUCCCCGGAACCCUGCAGUCAUUGCAGAUAACGUUGGGGACAAUGUCGGAGAUAUCGCUGGUAUGGGAUCAGAUCUUUUCGGUUCAUACGCAGAAUCUUCAUGUGCAGCCCUUGUUGUAGCUUCCAUCUCUUCUUUCGGAGUUAACCAUCAGUUGACUGCUAUGCUGUUUCCUCUUCUCGUUAGCUCUGUCGGAAUUCUUGCUUGCUUGCUUACGACGUUGUUUGCAACUGACUUCUUUGAGGUCAAGAAUGUGAAAGAAAUCGAGCCAGCCCUGAAAAAGCAGCUCAUAAUCUCGACAUUUCUGAUGACUAUCGGCAUCGCUGUUGUUAGCUUCGUCUCCCUUCCAUCCUCCUUCACAAUCUUUAACUUCGGAGAACAGAAAGAAGCCAAGAACUGGCAACUCUUUAUAUGCGUAGCUGUUGGUUUGUGGGCUGGCCUAGCGAUCGGAUUUGUUACCGAAUACUACACAAGCAAUGCUUAUAGCCCGGUGCAAGACGUUGCUGAUUCAUGCCGUACCGGUGCAGCCACCAAUGUCAUCUUCGGCCUCGCCUUGGGGUAUAAAUCUGUCAUUAUUCCAAUUUUCGCCAUAGCGAUCAGCAUUUUUGUUAGCUUCAGUUUCGCGGCGAUGUAUGGGAUUGCUGUGGCUGCCCUCGGGAUGCUUAGUACCAUCGCAACCGGAUUGGCCAUUGAUGCCUACGGUCCCAUCAGCGACAACGCUGGAGGUAUUGCCGAGAUGGCCGGCAUGAGCCACACCAUCCGCGAGAGAACUGAUGCCCUCGACGCCGCAGGGAACACUACAGCAGCAAUUGGAAAGGGAUUCGCAAUAGGCUCUGCGGCACUCGUGUCCCUCGCUCUGUUCGGCGCAUUUGUGAGCCGCGCGGAUAUUCAAACCGUAGAUGUUCUCACUCCAAAAGUUUUCAUCGGUUUGAUCGUCGGCGCCAUGCUUCCCUACUGGUUCUCGGCCAUGACGAUGAAGAGCGUUGGCAGCGCUGCUCUCAAGAUGGUCGAAGAAGUGCGGCGACAAUUCAACACCAUCCCCGGCCUCAUGGAAGGCACUGUGAAGCCCGACUAUGCAACCUGCGUCAAGAUCUCCACGGAUGCAUCGAUCAAGGAAAUGAUCCCUCCAGGCGCGCUCGUCAUGCUCACUCCCCUCAUCGUCGGCACUUUCUUCGGCGUCGAAACUCUCUCCGGCGUUCUUGCUGGAUCCCUCGUCUCCGGCGUUCAGAUCGCAAUAUCUGCAUCAAACACCGGCGGCGCUUGGGACAACGCCAAGAAAUACAUUGAGGCCGGUGCUUCGGACCAUGCGCGAAGUCUUGGCCCGAAAGGAUCAGACCCACACAAAGCUGCCGUGAUCGGGGACACGAUUGGCGAUCCCCUUAAGGACACGUCGGGGCCAUCAUUGAACAUUCUCAUCAAGCUAAUGGCCGUUGAGUCGCUCGUGUUCGCGCCAUUCUUCGCCACCCAUGGCGGGCUGCUCUUCAAGAUUUUCUAAACCUCGGUACGAUCAUCGACUUCUCCGAAUCUUUCUUUUUCAUUCUUCGGAACGUAGCGUAGCGUGUUAAUUAUUAGGACUUUGAAGUUUUUCGAGGAUCGUUUUUUAGUCUCGUUCAAAAUAAUAUUAAUUAUAUUUGACAUCCUCCGUCGAUGCGCGAAAGUAA